AAAUGGAAUAAUGGCGUUUCCAUUCAGCGGCACCCUGCUACCCCUCUGGCUUGAGUCACGGGUCAGCAUGUGUUCAGCGCCACACAAAAGCAUCUCAGCAGUCUUUCGUUACCUUUCCCGGCGGCUGCUGGCUCGGCUGCCCCUAUGCAGCCACGCUGGCCAUCUGGCGACCUCUCAGGUGUCACUUUUCCACCACGGUAGGAGGACACAAUAACACGUUGACACCGUGAAGAGCUCGACGGUUCCCAAAACUAAAAGCAUGGUCCUCCACCAGGCCAUCCGAGCGGCCCGAGCGGGCGACCUGCACGCGCUGCGGGAACUGACGUCUCGCGGCCUUCUCUCGCCCGCCGUGGACGCUCAAGGCGCCGGCCCCGUGCACCACGCCGCCCGCUGCGGCCGCCUGGAGUGCCUCCGCUUUCUGGUGAGUGAGCACGGCCUGCCACCCGACGCCCGGGCCGCCAACGGGGCCACGCCGGCCCACGACGCGGCGGCCACAGGACACGUGAGGGAGCUGAGGUGGCUCCUGGAAGAGGCGGGAUGCAGCGUGGAGGACCGGGAUGCCGCCGGUGCCACCGCACUGCACCUGGCUGCCCGCUUCGGCCGUGCGGAGGCGGUCCGCUGGCUGCUGUCCGUCGGAGGCCCGGCGAUGGAGGAAGCGGAGACCGAGUGCGGCGCCGUGGCAGCUCACUACGCCGCCUUCAACGGGCACCUCGACUGCGUGGAGCUGCUUGUUGGCCACGCGCCGAGGUGCGUGAACAGGCAGAUGUCCACAGGCACCACAGCUCUCUACUUGGCGUGCCAGGAGGGCCACGUGAACGUGGCCGAGUACCUGGUAAAGCGUUGCGAAGCCGACGUGCACGUGAGGGCGCACGACGGCAUGACUUGCCUGCACGCCGCCUCGCACAUGGGCCACAUCCGUGUGGUGGCCUGGCUGUUGACCCACACCGACGUGAACCCAUCCUGCCAGGACGGGGACGGUGCAACCGCGCUGCACUUUGCCGCCAGCAGGGGGCAGUCAUGUGUCUUGGACCGGCUGCUUGGUGCCGGGGCAAAGAUCCUGAAGGAUUUGUGGGGCGGGACGCCGUUACACGACGCCGCUGAGAACGGAGAGAUGGAGUGCUGCGAACGGCUGCUGGCCAGCCGGGCCGACCCCUCUGACAAAGAUAUGGACGGGUUCACGCCUACCCAGCUGGCCCAUUACAACGGACACCACCUGUGCGCCAAAUACCUGCGAGCCCACGAGAAUCUCGUAAGAUGGCCUCCUCGAGCGUGCUACAACCGGAAAAAGCAAUUGGUUAAGCCCCAGCAGGAAGAACCAAAUGCUGGCUGCCACUGGGUCCAAUUAAAGGCACGCACAGGGACGUUGAACUGUUACGAGAAAGGGUCACCCAGGAAGCACCACCUCCUCCUCCUCUUCCUCCUCCCUUCUUCUUUUUCUCCUUGUUUAUCUCUCGGUGAUUGCACAACUUCGGGGAAGCUGUCGGAAGCGGCGAGGACCGGCCUCCGAUUUUUUGACUUUGAUGCGGACCCACCAUGCGCUCGGAGGCGGAAUGCGAUACGGCGCGUUGUCCGCGGUGCACAUGAGGACAGUGUCGCCGUCCCAUCAACACAGGAAGACGCCAUGAAGACGUCCGUGACCGUCAUGGACACCUUGAAGCAACCCGAGAGCGAGGAGACGGUGGCGGCCAGGUACCCGCGGUCUUCCAAGAGCAUCAUCCCGCGCAUUGAGAAGAUCCAAACGGCCACUUCCGUGAUUCGAGGUCUGCAUCGGCCAAAGAGGACGUCGCCCGACGCCAACAAACUCCUCGCCGACAGAAAGCUCCUUGGCGACAUGAAGCCCAUCGUGUCACUCAAACAGUCGUCCCUUUCGGGUGUCUUCACCGGACAAGCCAGUAAGAUGGUGGUCUUGCCCACCGAGGAGGCCAACUUGGCCGACAUGGACUACCUGGUGCCCAGUCACGACGAGAAGGGCCGGCCCAUCGCCGAGUGGAAGCGGCAGGUGAUGGUGAGGCAGCUGCAGGCCCGACUGCUGGACGAGGAGGACCAAAGGUUGAAGGAGAACGGCCGCAGCUUGUCCAGAGUCAACUGGCGCUACUCGCAGGCCCACAACGCCAUCCUGGGUCCGUCGGGCGAACUCCUGACCGAGCACGACCUGGCCUACCUGGAGCAGCAGAUCGCCAGCCUCACCCUGCGCCGCAGCGCCGGCGAGGGCUACGAGCCGGAGCUGGCGCGGCUGGCCGAGGAGCUGCGCCACAUCCUGCCGGCGGCCAUCGUCAACAUCAGCGCCCACGCCCGCUUCGCCGACCCGACCGGACGGCCGGCGCUGCUGCCCGGCUGGUGCGGCCGCAUCUCGGGCAUCAUCAUGAGCAUGUCUCUGCUCAUGAGCGACUCGGCCGAACAGCCGCGCUGCAAGAUGCCCGACAGCCAGCUGGCCAGCGUCUUCUCGCAAACGCCCGACCGCCAGACCUCCACCAGGGGCCGGCGCCAGAGGAUCGAGGACGAGAUCCAGCGCUUCGGCGUGUCGGUGAGGACGCUCAAGUCCAAUUUCGAGAUGCAGGACAAGAAUGACGAUGAAGAAGAAGCCUCGACUCUAGCUCCGGAUCCAGAGGAGAAGGACCCGGAAGUGGUGGAGAGCACAAGUCUCAGGAAAGAGCGCAUCGUGGUGCUCUUCCUGGGACACUGGAAGAAGUCGGCCUACGCGGUGACGCUCAAGAACAAAGACGCCGCCGAGAGGAAGAAGAGUCGCGACGCUGAUGGCGCAGGCUGCGAGGAGAGCGACCGGGACAAGAUGAUGAACAGCUCCUUGGGCCACUUUUUCAAACAGAGGAGCGCUGUCAACAAGAUGUUGGGCAACUGGAGGAGGAUGAUCUCCAGCGUGCCGUCGCGACAGAUACGACGGCUUCACAGGCAGCAAACCCUCUACUCCCCGGAGCAGUUCCUCCCACGCAUGGAUGGCGUGCCGCUGGAGUACGACAAGUUGACGCUGGACCUCUUCAUGCUGGGCUACUUUCACAUCCUCGAGCUGGACCUGCCGGUGGACGAACGCAAGAUGAGGCACCUGCUGUGCUUCGAGGUCUUUGACCACGUCGGCAGCUUCACCUGGGAACUGGUGCGCGACUUCCACAAAGCCGUCCUCCAGGACAUUGCGGCCGGAGACCGCGAGUGGAAGGACGGCUUCGAGGACCUCAAGCUCAAGUUUUUCGGCGGGGCGACAGCCGGGUGUGAGCGGGUCACUGCCGAGGCACAGGCGGAGACAGAGGCCGAGACGCGUCAACUUCCAGAGAUUCGGCCGCUCCCCAAAGUCAUCGUGCAGACACCCACGCCGGAUGAGGGCUCGCUUUACGUCGGGACCGACAUCUCCUGCUUCAGCAAUGAGGAAAUAUGCCAAUACAUCGACCGCAGCUUUGCCUUUUGGAAGGAGAAGGAGGCGGAAAUUUUUGAUUUUGAGUAGUGAUGCAAUACAUCUGAUCUCGAAUUGUUUUUUUGGUUUUUUUUUGAGCGCUCAUUCUCUCGAAGCACUCCUCUCCUUAACACAUUCAAACUCGUUUAAUUCGUAAUUGCUUACACAUGCCACCAGAUGGCGCCAAAUUCAUUUCUUUUACAUUAAACAUGGCUUUGCCCUCCAGGAUGAAUGAGUUGGCGAACAUGCAACUGCCCGGCCACAAAUACACUGGGGCUGAUUGUAAUACCUUUUAAAACACAGGUGUCAAAGUCAAGGCCCCGGGGGUCCAGAUCUGGCCCGCCACAUCAUUUCAUGCGGCCAGCAAAAGCAAAUCAAGCAUGUCAAGUUCCACGAUGCUUGCUAAAGUCAGAACCAAAAUUUCAAAUUGUCAUAUGUAAUCCGCAAAAACAGUCAUUUUUCUUGAGUUUUGAUUUUAAAACUAGUUCUUCCUCAAUUUGUUGUGCGCUCUGUAUGUAAUAUGUGGAGGUGAUGAAACAUUUGUAUGGUUUCCCAAAAUUCAUAAGGACCGUAAUGACAAUGUGGCCCGCGACAAAAAUGAGUUUGACACCACUGUUUUAGAAAUUUUUAGAUGUCUUUAUUUGCUAAUGAGCCCGACCUAGAAGCUACUGUGCUUAUACUGAAUUUAGCAGUUUGUUUUUCAUGGUGAGAGGCAAUAAAUGAUCAAAUGUGCACAUGAGCAAA